AACGAACUCAAAAUUUUAAUAAACAUAAUUGAAGAAACUCAAAGUAAAAAUUCAUAUGUAAAAUAUGGUAGAUAUAUUGAAGAUUGUGCCAAAAAUCUAGGAUGGCACGAACUUUUAUGUGACUCUGUAUAUGAUCCUUUACGACUUGUAGAAGCAAAAAAUCAGAUUAUAAAUCUACAAUACAAAAAUGUAAACGAUGUUGUGAAGACUAUAGCUCAAACUUUACCAAGCAUGUUAUUAAGUCCUAAUAACUUGAUUCUUUCUGAGAUAUUGGAUAUUCCUACUUUGACAAGUGAAAGCUCUCCAAUAAAGACAUCUUUAAAAAAGAAGAAAUUAUGGAAAUUAGUUAAAAAACCAAUAAAGUUUUUAUUACUACCGGAUAAUGUAGAACAAUUUGUUAUAAAAGUAUGGAAAAAUUCUGAAUACCAAACAUGUCGACCAAAUAUCAACGAAUCCACUUGGGGUCAUAAUGUGAUAAAACCUAUCAUCGAUUUUAUUGAAUACGAUCUAGAGACAGAAAUCUUAAUAAGAUGGGAUGCAAUCACUAGCCAAGCGAGCUUAGACAGAAAUGGUGAUAAAGGUCCUAUUAAAAAAUACGAUAUAUUUGAUGAAACCCUCAUUCAUUCAAUUGAAGACAGAAUUAAGUUAGGAAAAGGAGCAAAGGAUUCAUUAGAUAGUAUAUUAAGAACUUAUUCCAAAUCACCAAAUUUUAAUUUAACAAAUUUAAAAAUCUUUUUGUUAUAUUCACAUGGGACAAAGUUGGAAUUUUUAAUUUUUGAUAAAAAAUAUUCACCAAUGUUCAGAAUAAGAAGAUUAGCAAUUAUUGAAAUCCCCUUUAAAAAGGGAUCACAUUUAUUAGAAUUAAUUAAAGUUGUGCACACCUUUAAAAGUCUUAUAGAAGAAACUGUAGUAAAUAUAAAAUUUUUUAAAAAAGCAAAAAAAUAUACUAAUUAUGUUAUUAAUGAUGAUGAUAAAGACGAAGAGGAUGAGGAUGAUGAAGGAAGUGAAAAUUAUGAAAGUGAAGAUAAUGGAAGUAAUGAUGAAAGAAGAGAAGAUUAUGAAGAUAAUGAAAGUAAAGAAGAUAAAGAGAAUGAACAUGAAGAAUUAGAGAAUGAAACAAUCAAAA